UAUGAGUUUUUACUAGCAUUCACCUGGAAAAUUAUUUUGUAAAUCAAUUCUUUCUCACAUUGCAGACACAUAUCUAACUAGUAUGUAAGUUAGUAAUGAAAUAUGCAGAAAGCUUUGGGUUAUUUUAGUCUCAUUCUGACAUGUUGUGUGCUGCUUUAUAUUGUACUUUGGACAAAUCUCUCUGAACAAUGGAACAGAACUGAAGCACAACUUCUUAAAUUUGGAUUUAUCGAGAAUAAAAACAAGCAAACAGAUGAUCGAGUACAUAUAAUAAAAACAACCAACACUUCCACAUUGAAUUUAUCGCCUGGAGCUACAAGCCUCUACAAAGCUGAAAACAUAUUUGUUGAACAUGAAGAAAACACAACACCUAUCCAAAUCCUUUACAAGAAGAAUUUCACAAAAUUACCUGUGUGGGAUUUUGAAGAUGUUUAUUUACAAGACCCUGAUGCAAGAAUACCAACCUGUUCAAAGUCGCUACGAAACACAGAUGAUCUCAAGUUCAAGGAAGCUUUUCUUCCCAACAUUCAACUAUGGUUGUACAGAGGUCAACUCAACAUAAAAGAAUGGAAUAGAUUAGCACACUUCAACAAUCCCUUUGGCUUCAUGGAGUACAAGUAUGACGAGAUAAAACCAGCAGUUGAUUUGAUACCAAAGCCAAAGUCUUUAACAUUACUGCCUGUGCCUGAAAGUGCAAAGGAUGGUUGUGUCCGCUGUGCUGUCGUGGGCUCUGGUGGCAUUCUCUAUAACUCAAAAAUGGGCAAAGAAAUCGACUCCCAUGAUUAUGUGUUUCGAAUGAAUGGGGCACUUACAAAAGGUUAUGAGGAGGAUGUUGGAAAUAAGACCUCAGUCUUUGUGCAUACAGCUUAUUCAUUGUAUUCCACCCUUAUGAGAUUUCGUCAGUUUGGAUAUGACAGUAUUCCACAAGAUGAGGACAUCAAAUAUGUCAUGAUCCCUGAGGGCCUGAGGGACUUCCAGUGGCUCCAAGGCCUACUAAAGGGAAAAGAGGCCAUAGGGGACUUUAAGGGUGUGAGACCGCUGAGUUUCUUCAAUGGUCAUUUCAAUGAGAGCAGUUUUUAUGUUCUUCAUCCAGAUUUUCUUCGAUACAUUCGCAACAGAUUAAUGCCAUCCAAGCAACUACAAGACAACACAUGGGCACUGUACAGGCCAACAAAUGGAGCCUUUACUUUGUUCUUGGCUCUGCAUACAUGUGACAUUGUUGAUGCCUAUGGAUUCAUUACAGAAGACCACCAUAAGUACUCCAACUAUUACUUUGAAAAGUUCAAAAAGACCAGUGUCAUUUUCUACAUUAACCAUGACUAUGGCUUGGAGAUCAAGACUUGGAAGAAAUUACAUGACUCUGGAGUCAUUAGACUCUACCGAAGACCGGAAACAUCAAAGACAUAGUUUUGCAGUCCUUUUGACAAUCUUUGUGUUUGUUAAAGUGUGAUUUAGCAUGACAUUUUUGUGUUAGUUAUUGACAUUUUGAAAGUCUGUUACACUCAUUUUACACUUUUCUGCAAUACAUGACCAAUAUAAUACAAAAUGUCAUACUGCAUAUCAAGGUUGUACUUCGCUUUAUAUCUGUCACUUCUAUUUAAUAGAAGUUUUAUGAUAUAGACUAAUAAAUAGGCAAAGGGGAUGCUCAUAUGCAGUAUUGCUUAUAGUCCACUUGCACAGAAGCACUUCUGGGUUUAGUUUGUAUUUAUUUAAUGUUUUUAUUUUUUAAUCUUAUAAUAAAACAAUAUUAUAAAUAUUAAUUUAACAUUUUGA